AUGGCUAUAGGAAGAUGGAAAUUCAAAGUUAAGUGUAAAGCGUCAGUUUUCAGUAGUGAAAGUUUAAAAACCGGUGGUGGCCCAUCUAUGGCUUUACCACUGAAUGCAAUCGAAGAGCGCCCAAUGACAAUUUACGGCUGGAAAUCUGUUGAAGGCGAUAAAAGCAAAACAGUGGAAGAGCGUUAUGACAAAGUUCACAAUAAGAACAUUUUGGAAGUGCCACCUAUCACUUCUAUAGAAAACACUGUGGAAGUGCCACCUCUCAUUCCAUUAAAUGAAAUGCAAGAUAAAAAUCCAUCAACAUCUGCCAUAACAGCCAGCAUCAAAAGAAAAACUUACCAAAAUGAUCAUGCAGCAGAAAUAAAAAAAAAGAAGACUGCAACACAGUCAAUAAAAUCAAGAAGAUUUGUAUCAAUAAAUAAGAUGCACUCAGAAUAA